AUGUGUGAGUUGCUGAGUAAUAAUGGUGAAAAACAUGAGAUAAACAUUUCUCGGAGAGCAUUAACUAUUCUUCCAAGAGAUUUAUUCCACGGCCUCGAAAAUCUUCAACUCCAGGAACUAGAUAUUGGUGAUAACAACCUGACUACACUGCCAAAAGAUAUCUUCGAUCCUCUUGAUGAUCUUCGUACGUUACGAAUAAAUUACAACGAACUACAAUAUCUAGAGUCGAGUAUUUUCUAUGAGUUAUUACAACUUAAGGAACUUAAUCUUCGCAACAACAAACUGAUAAUUUUAUCAAAAGAUAUAUUUAAUGGCCUACAAGAUCUGUGUGUCCUGAAUUUAAGUUGUAACCAACUGAGUUACCUUGAGCCAGGUAUUUUCGAUGAUUUAUUGAGCCUAAAUGAUCUUGAUAUCAUGGGUAACAGUCUUACAACUUUACCGAAAGAUAUAUUUAGAAAUUUAAAAGAGCUUCGUUAUCUUAAUUUACGUCGGAACGAACUGAACAAUCUUGAGUCAGGCUGUUUCAAUGGUCUUGAAAAUUUGUCAUCACUAAAUUUGGAUUCAAACAAACUACAAAAUCUUGAAUCAGGUUGUUUCAACGGUUUAUCAAAACUCCGUAAGCUUCAUAUAAGCAGAAACAGUUUAGCAACAUUUCCUGAAGGUCUUUCCAAUGGUCUUGAAAGUCUUCAGAGACUGUAUUUAUGUUCAAACAAACUACAACAUCUUGAGUCAGGUUAUUUCAAUAGUUUUUCACGACUUGAGAAGCUUGAACUAGGCUGCAACAGUUUGACAACAUUGUCCAAAGAUGUUUUCAAAGGUCUUGAAAGUCUUAAGAUACUGGAUUUAUAUACAAACAAACUACAACAUCUUGAGCCGGGUUGUUUCAAUGGUUUAUCACGACUUGAGGUACUUGAUAUUGGCUGCAACAAUCUAACAAUAUUGUCCAAAGGUGUUUUCAAUGAUCUUGAAAGUCUUCGGACACUGUUUUUGUUUUCAAACGAAUUCACUAGUUUCUCAGAAGAUAUAUUUAAUGGUCUCUCAAAAUCUUUAUCAUCCCUAUUAAGAUCUGCAUUCUAUCAAAUAUUGAGAGACUCUAUGUCAGCAAAAAAAAAAAGUUGA